GAGCGACUCAGCAGGCGGGGCCCGGAUGGUGGACGUGGAGAAACAAUUCAGAUGAGACGGCGCGCGGUGAGGGGAGAUGAGAGUUGGAACAAACCAGAGUUCCCCGCGGGUCGAUCGCGCCGCUAGCGAGCCCCCCAAGACCCCCAGCACAAACCGGGUCACGGCUCCCGCUAGGCCCGAUCGGGAGGGACUGUGACAGGGCAUCGACGUAAGAGACACUCACCCAGCCAUGACGUCUUCUUCCUGGACUCGCCUAUAAAGCCUCAAGGUCUAGGAUGCUGGUUGAUUCUCUCUUGCAAUUGCUCUCCUACACUAGUGCGGACUGAUCAAAUCAUACUGUUCGCUGUUCAUACCAGCUACCUACUACAUACCACAUCUAUAUCCAUCCUCUAUCAACCUACCACUACCAGCAAACUCAACCUUUCCAACAACCAUGUCCUUCCUCACCCGCAUUGUUCCCUCCGCUCGUGCGGCCUCCCUAUCCCUCAAGACCACCAGCUCCCCUGCCCUGUCCGUGGGCACCACCCGCUCCAUCUCCGCCACCACCCGUCGAGACAAGGGGGCCAUCGAUUCCACCAAAGACACACUCAAGAAGGCCGAUCGCAAGGUUUCCGAUGCCGCCGUGAAGGGCAUUGAAGCCAGCGAAAACGCCGCCGGCAAGCUCAAAGACUCCGUCGGCAGCACGUCCAAGGCCAAGGCCAAGGCGCAAGAACUGAAGGGCGAGGCAUCCGAAGCAGCCGGCAAGGGCAAGGGCAAGGCGGAGGAAGCAUUGGGCUCGGCGAAGGGCAAGGCGCAAGAAGUCGCUGGAGAGGCCAAGGGCAAGGCUAAGGACGCUGCGAAGGAUCUGUAAGAUAUGAGGGGGCCCGACAUAAAGAUGGAUGGAAAUUAGUUAUUAUGGUUACGCUUGAUGAUAUGCAUGCAUGAAGGGCUGGGAAAUACUACUACGCA